GGUGCAUGCACGUAGAUAUAAAUGCACAUGGGGGGCAUAUUAAUGCAUAUGUCAAGGUGACUGGACUGCUUCCCACAUACUCACCCAAGUACCCCCAUCCGUUCACACUGACAUACCAUCGUGCAUAGCCCCACACACUCACCCUGACAUACCCACUCACCCCUACAUCAGGACCCACUCACCUACUCCUACCCAAGAGAGGCUGCAGGGUGGAUUAGGUGAGGGGAUUGUCUGCAGUCACUUCUGUCAUUGAACAAUCUGCUGCAAAUGAUCUGGAACUUGCCCCGUUCACUCUAACCUUGGCACUGCCUGCUCUUCCCUUAUCAACACUGAUAAACCAAGCUGCAACCUCCCUUCCUCUCUGUCCUGCUGACAGCUGCCACAAGGGACCUGGGAGCUGCUCCGGACUCACCGCCAUGGACAGACACAAUCCGCUCUUGUCCUGAAACGGCAACAGCAGCAGAAGAGAAGGUGACAGGUGUUGCUAGCUUAGUUUUCACCUGCAAACCCCAACUUCUGCAUUGCCCUUGCUUUUUAACGCUGAAACUCUAAAUCCAGGCUGCUGCACUGCUCGGGACUUCUCCAUCCUUCUUGGUUUUGGCAAGAGGAUCACACUGCAUAAGUAUUAACUCUUUCCUACCCACACGUGGACAUUUGCACCUUGCCACGUGUAUCAGCCUGGAGAGUAUGUUACGCCGAUUGCAGACUCUGCUCCAGAGGAAGUUUAAAAUUUUGCUCUUCUUUCUCCUCCUCUUGGCUCUCCUGAUGCACAUGGCAUUGGACUUGGCUCUCCCAGCUGCUCCCAGCUCCUGCAGCUGUAGCCCAAAAGCAGCGAACCCCUUGGGCCUCCUGCCAUCCGGCCCGUUAGUUUCAGUCCAAAAAAAGUUGAGCUUGAGGAUCCUUCAGGAUUUCAGUGGCAGCAAUGGCUCCUUGGAGAAAGGCUCCCACUCACUGGAAGGGAGGCCACCAGCAGGUGACGGAAGCAAGACGGUUCUCCGAGAUCAUGACUUUAAGCACCAGCGGGCAGGGGUGAAGUCGGCAUGGACAGGGCGGUCAAAGAUGGCAGCACUCUUUGAGCAUCCCCUCUAUAAGAUCCCAAUCCCGGAACUGGUGAAGAAAGACAAACUCUUCAGUGUCAACCCCAAAAAGAAGUUCACGCUGAAAAGCAGUGGGAGUGAUGAAUGGGUCAGCAGCAGUAAAGCAGAGAUGGUCCUUCCGACCGGGAAGACCCCAUAUGACACCUACCCCACAUGGCUCCGGUUCCACAUAGGCAUCAAUCGCUAUGAGCUGUACUCCCGGCAGGACCCCAUCACUCCUACGCUGCUGGAGGAACUGGCUACACAGAAAAUCAUCGGCUCAGUCCAGAAACCUGGAGGGACCCAGCUGAAGUUGAUCAUGACGUUCCCAAAUUAUGGAGAGGCACUCUUCAAACCCAUGAAGCAGACCCGGGACCAAGAGACCCCAGCAGAUUUCUUUUACUUCUCGGACUUUGAACGACACAAUGCAGAAAUAGCAGCCUUUCACCUGGACAGGAUCCUGGAUUUCCGGAGAAUCCCUCCAGUGGCUGGUCGUUUGGUGAAUAUAACUAAAGAGAUUCGUGACAUCACAACUGACAAGAAACUGGCUAGAACCUUCUUCAUUUCCCCAGCCAGCAAUGUCUGCUUCUUCGGCGAGUGCUCCUACUACUGCUCCACGGAGCACGCCCUGUGUGGCAAACCGGACCAGCUCGAGGGCUCCAUGGCAGCCCUUCUGCCCGACAAGGAACUGGCCAAACGCCACUCCUGGCGCAGCCCCUGGAGACGCUCGUACCACAAGAGCAAGAAGGCGGAGUGGGAGCUGAAUCAGAAUUACUGUGCUCAGGUGAGAAAGACACCGCCCUACGACAGCGGCUCCCGCCUACUCGACCUCAUAGACAUGACUGUGCUUGACUUCCUGAUGGGUAACAUGGACCGACACCACUAUGAGACCUUUGAGAAGUUUGGUAAUGACACCUUCCUGCUUCACCUGGACAACGGCCGAGGAUUUGGGAGACAUUCUCAUGAUGAAAUGUCCAUCCUGGCCCCUCUCCAGCAGUGCUGCAGUAUCAAGAAGUCGACAUUCUUGCGCUUGCAGCUGCUUGCCACAGAGCCGUACCGCCUCAGUGACAUCAUGCGGGAGGCACUGGCCUCAGACCGCCUCUCGCCAGUCUUAUCAGAGCCUCACCUGGAAGCUCUGGACCGGCGGCUCCAGCGAGUACUGGACAUGGUGCGGGUGUGCAUGGCAAAGGGAGGCCAGAAGGAGGUGCUGGUGGAUGACAUGGGAAAGCUGAAACAAGGGAUAUGGCAGCGCCAAGAGACAAGGAGCAAAAAAAGCGUGAUGGUUUGAGCAGACACUCCUUCCCACCAUGACCCCUGAGGCUGCCUCUGCAAUCUGGACUCUUGCUGAAUGAGAAUCAGCUCUGGUGCAGCCACGGCUAGGUGCCCAUAUUGGGGGCAUAGUCCCUGGAUCUACUGAUGGUGGGGAGAGAGAGACAGUUUAGAGAGGGAAGUGAGUUAGGCAAAGAGACAAGUGGGAGGUCUGGCUGUAAUCAAGAGGGGAACCCUACAAAGUGAACCCAGGGGAGGGAGGGAGGGAAGUAGAUUUCAAACUCCGGUUAGCGUUCAGCUCUUGCAGAGUCUUGGAGCCAGCAGGGCCAGUCUACACUAGAAACUUGCAUCGGCACAGCUGGACCGAUGCAGCUGCGCUGCUGUAGCACUUCUGGUGAAGAUGCUCUAAGCCAAUGGGAGAGAGCUCUCCUAGCGGCAUAAUAGCUCCACCUCCCUGAUAGGCGGGAGCUGCGUCAGCAGGAGAAGCUCUCCUGAUGCCAUAAUGCUGUCUACACAGUGGGUUAGGUUGGUAUAACUACAUUGCUCAGGGGGGUGGAUUUUUCAUACCCUUGGGUGACGCAGUUAUACUGAAGUAAGUGUGUAGUGUAGGCCUGGGUUUAGGUAAGACUGAGGAGCCCAGGCUACUUAGGGAGAAAGGUUGCUCAUAGUCUCCAGAAGUGUCUUAUCCACAAGGAGAUCUGGGUUCAUUUUUUGGCUCUGCCAUCACCUCUGUGACCUUGGGUAAGUCGAACGUCUGUAAAAGGGGGAUAAUCAUGCCUUUCUUUCACCUGUGUCUGCUUGUUUGUAAGCUCUUUGGGCCAGGGACUGUCUCUCACUAUGUGUUUGCACAGCUCUUAGCACAAUGGGGCCCUGAUUUUGGUUAGCAUCUGGAAGCACUGCUGGAAUACAAGUAAAUAACAGAUGAAUAUUUUGCAGGGGGAAAGCCCUCAGUGUGGACUUCCUGUCUGUACAGUGACCAUUACAUUAAAAAUCAUAGCUUCUUA